UUCCAAAAUAAUAACAUAUCAAAAUGAAUGCGUAUGCUAGUCUGCAGCUUUGGUAGAGCUAUCCGUAAUCUAUUUUGAAACUACCGCUGUCUUCUGGCCAUGAAACGACAUUCACCACGCCUACAACCCCCAACCACAAUCCGGCCUUGAUCUGAGGGCGUCUUCAACAGUCACAGAGCUGGAAACCGUUUGCCAACCAUCUAUUGCUGCAAUCUCUGCAAUCUCGUCCCCCUUGAUAGCCGACCAAGGGCCAAAAUAAGACGCUUUGACAGCCUCGACAUGUCAAGCUCCAACAUGCCAACUGGGGCGUCCGGAUUCAUGCCACGAAGGUCAUCUUACGCCUCAGUCGUUUCCGGUGCAGCUGUAGGAAGCCCUCAUCAAUAUUCACAAGUGAUGAGAUCAGGGGCAUUUGCCCACCUCGCACACCCCGAAGCCGACCCUGGCUACGACUUCACCUCCUACCACAACCUGAGCGGCCACUCGCGACACGACUCCCGAGCAUACGAUAUGGACUCCAAUACAAAUGGGGGUAUGCAUGGGCGUUCUGGGUCGUGGGGGCGUGGUGGACAAUUACCAAGUUUCUCCAGCGCUUUUGGACCUCUGGUUAACGGGCAAGGGUACGGCGGUAUUGGUGGCGGACAUGGCGAUCAGUUCUUUACGCCAUCAUAUCUCAAGGGGUCGAAAUAUGUACAGCGGUUGGAGGAUGCGCACAGGUCGAAGGUUGCGGCACACAAGGAAGGGCACUCAACGCAGUCAUCUCAGCCUGGCUCUCUGUCCACAAGUGCCAGCAGUAUAAAUCUACAUACCAAGAUCGCCCCUUCACAUCGAGGCAUGACCUAUGACUUGAUUGAGAAAGCACCACCUAUCGAAGAUGAAGCCCUGGCUCAGUUGCCAUCAAGAUGGAACAGUCAAGACAAGUAUGGAGGGUUAGAGGUCUUGUCAGAUGGGCAAGAAGUCAAGUUCACGGGUCCAAAGUCAGAUCGCGAUCGAGACCUGGAGGCUUGUGCUAUACGGGCGGAUCAUCCCAUGCCUCCUCAGUGUGGUAUCUACUAUUUUGAGGUGACAAUAAUAUCAAGGAAGAGAGAAGAGAGUUCUAUUGGCAUCGGUUUCUCAAGCAAGAACGUCCCACUUUCAAGGUUACCUGGAUGGGAACCAGAGUCUUGGGCUUACCACGGAGAUGACGGUCACUCGUUCUGCUGUAACAGCUCAGGUAAACACUACGGGCCACCAUUUAACGCUGGAGAUAUUAUAGGAUGCGGCAUAAACUUUAGAUCAAAUUCUGCUUUCUUCACGAAAAAUGGAGAUCAUCUAGGUACCGCCUUCCGUGAUAUAAACAAGGAGAAACUCUAUCCUUCGGUGGGUAUGAAGAAGUCGGGAGAGCACAUCCGAGUGAAUUUUGGGCAAAGUCCAUUUGUCUUUGACAUAGAUGGCAUGAUGUCGGCAAGUAACAAUCUUUCUUAUCCCCAAAACUCUCUUGGUCCAGACAGCAGCAAUCCCUCUUCGGCUGUUUCAAGCAUUUCUGGACAAGCACCAAUACAAGCAAUAAAUCCCGAAAUAGUAGCUGCGGCGUACUUACAGAUUCUUGAUAACGAGCAAGAAGACUCGGGCGACGAGCCACCUCCUUUGAUAUCACCGUCGACUCAUUCAUUUGACAACUCAGGAAGCAGCCACGGUACUUGGCGUUUGGAACGGACCAGCUCCACUGCAAUCGACUUUAUUUUCAGCCUGGGAGAUCCGGUAAAUGAGAAUCCCCCUAGGAGCGCUCGUACAAUACUACUGCUUCAAACUUUGCAAAGGCAGUCCAGGAGAAGGGCUUUGAAUAACAACGAAAGGCACAUGAUACGUAUUGCAGCGGGUAUCGACGAGCAUCGAGCAUCAUUGUUGGCUUCCACGAGCCCGGUUCGCGCGAUACAGUGGACUCGAAUUGCCACAAGUGAGCGUGCUUUGGAUGAUCUAGGAGAUCGUAUAAGUGGAGAGUUGUUCCCAACACUUGCAGCUAUUGGAUCCCAGAUGGCGGCUGAGGAGGAUUCACAGCGGAGUUUUGUGUCGAAUGAUGGAGAGCGGAUAACGAUCACAGCUGACAGUCUGCUUGCUGGAAUUGCCAGGAAUAGAGCAGCAAGCGAACGUCUCAGAGGACUGGCGAACGAUAUCAGAAUCGACAAUCAAUUGAGAGGACCCGGUGACAUUCGAAUCGAAAGAAACCUACCCCCUAGGCCGCACAGCUUAGAGGAUGAUAGAGCCGAUAUUCCGCCACUUCCACAUCCGCCACCUGAGAGGGAUUUGCUGCCGAAACCAAGAGAUUUGAACACAAUGACUGACUUUGAGAAACAGCAAGAAAGAAAGCAAAUUAGACAACAAAUUGAGAUGACGAGCACUGAGAAGCUUGCGCCACCGAUGAGUGAGACCGACUUGAUUCAGUCGUUGGUUCUCCAGUUCCUCACACACGACGGCUACGUCGAAACUGCCAGAGCUUUUGCGGAAGAAGUCUACUCAGAAAAGAGAGCACUGAGCUUAGACCCGAAUGCCAUCAUAGAAGGCGUCGACGUGAAAGAGGAUGAAGAUGCAGGCCAUCGACAACGAAUCAGGAAGGCGGUACUAGAAGGCGAUAUCGAGAAAGCUCUCAAAUACACCCAUGCCUUCUAUCCGAAUGUGCUGAAAGACAACGAGCAUGUUUCAUUCCGACUGAAAUGCAGAAGGUUCAUCGAGAUGAUUCGUCAAGGCGCAGAAAUGCAGAACUUGACUCACUCGAAUGGUGUCAAGAAGAGCAAUGGUCACAAUGGAGACUGGUAUGACGAGGUUGCCCAGGGAAUGGACCUAGACGAUCAUCAAAGUCAAGCCAACAACUGGGACCGAAUGGAUACAGAGGACUCUACUGAGAAUCACAUGGAAUAUCACAGGUUAUUGCAAGACACCUUAAAAUAUGGACAAGACCUCCAAGCAGAAUACAAAGAUGAUCCACGGAGAGAGAUUGGCAAGGCUCUUGAAGAAGCGUUUGCAUUGAUGGCAUACACAGAUCCACUGAAUGCCAAGGAGGUAGCGCAUCUUCUGGAUCCCAGUGGACGAGCAGCAGUUGCGGAGGAGCUUAACUCUGCCAUCUUACGUAAGCUGAGCUACACAAUGUCACUAUCGCACUUUUGAGGCUAACUAUUCACAGUAUCUCUGGGCAAAUCAUCAACUGCUGCCCUUGAAAAGUUGAUUCAGCAGAGUACGAUCCUUCUCGAAGAGCUCGGAGAAGCUGGUGGCCCUGGCGCUUUUGUCAGUAUAGACGAUUUCGUCAAGAUCAAGCCCACCAACGACGCAUACGCAUAGGCAGCAGACUUUCGCAGCAGUAGCAUCGGCGGAUAGCGUUUCAAAUUAUCACUCAUAGAAGACAAAUUCUUCAACGGCGUUCAUUGUUUUAUUUCCUCUCUGCUCUAGCAUGCAUACAUUGUGGAUACGGUGUACUGGAUCUGAGUCGCUCCUCUUUGUUUGCAGUCGUACAGGUAGUCGGUCGGGUCUAUCUGGAUGGGGUUCGGUUCUGGCGAGGAAGCGCACAAGGCUGAGCGGUGAUUCUCUUGUUUCUGAUUUUACGGCAGGUUACAAUUGGCUUCAUGAGAUUAUGGGACGGUCUGGUUUUGACAGACCAUUACGCUGCGUAGCUUAGACUCGGGGCCAAUGGGAAUGGAGGGGUGUUUCUGCCUAAGCCCUUUGCUGUGCAUGAGCUUUUAGCUGGCUGGAGCAUUGUUGGUUGGCUGGUGGCUAGGCUGGAUGGGUGGAUGGAUGGAUAGCAUGUGCUUAUCCUUUGCUCGCUGACCACGACCUAGAUGCUGAUAAUAGGAAUACUACUACAUCCACACUAGU